UUGGUCGCCGUGGUGCAGCUCACGUCUUCAGUAUCUGACUUUCUUCUCCAAUCAGACAAUGUACGCUCACAAGUCAGAAGAGUAACCAGUCCCAGAGAUAGCCCCCAAUGGCGCUGGGGCAGGAAGAGACAUCUUGGCUGUCUUUGGUUGCUUUGGCGUUUCUUCUGCAGAUGUGUUUUCUGCCACCAGGAAAAGGGUUGUCUCCCAAACAUGCCCCCGAAGUGGUUGAUGACAGCAAGGACAACAUCACCUUAUUCACCCGGAUCCUGGACAGGCUUCUGGACGGAUAUGACAACCGGCUCAGGCCGGGGCUGGGGGAAUCAGUGACGGAAGUGAAGACCGAAAUAUACGUCACCAGCUUCGGCCCCGUGUCGGACACGGACAUGGAGUACACGAUAGAUGUCUUCUUUCGACAGAGCUGGCUGGACGAGCGGCUGAAAUUCGACGGGCCUAUAAAGACCCUGCCCCUGAACAACCUGCUGGCCAGCAAGAUCUGGACCCCGGACACCUUCUUCCACAACGGAAAGAAGUCAGUGGCUCACAAUAUGACAACACCCAACAAGCUGCUGAGGCUCACCUACAAUGGGACCCUGCUGUACACCAUGAGGCUUACAAUUCACGCGGAAUGCACAAUGCACCUCGAAGAUUUCCCUAUGGAUGUCCAUGCCUGCCCGCUGAAAUUUGGAAGCUAUGCCUAUCCCAGUUCAGAAGUUGUUUACGCUUGGACCAAUGGCUCUGACAAAUCUGUGGCCGUCGCCCCAGAUGGCUCCAGACUCAACCAAUAUGACCUGCUCGGCCUGGUGUUAGGGACGGAGACAAUCCGAUCGAGUACAGGUGAAUAUAUUGUCAUGACAACUCACUUCCACCUGAAGAGGAAAAUCGGAUACUUUGUCAUACAGACCUACCUGCCGUGUAUAAUGACCGUCAUCCUGUCACAGGUCUCCUUUUGGCUUAAUAGGGAGUCAGUCCCAGCCAGGACCGUGUUCGGAGUGACUACAGUCUUGACCAUGACAACACUGAGUAUCAGCGCACGCAACUCCCUGCCCAAGGUUGCCUACGCCACAGCGAUGGAUUGGUUUAUGGCGGUGUGCUAUACGUUCGUCUUCUCCGCCCUUAUCGAGUUCGCUACAGUCAAUUAUUUCACCAAACGAGGCUGGGCCUGGGAUGGGAAAAGAGCUCAGGAAGGUCAGACUUUCAAGAUAAAGGAGCCCAUCAUCCUGGCGAGAAAGUCCAACACCAGCUACAACAUAGUGGGGACCACCUACAUGCUGAACAUCAAGGAGCCGGCCUUGGCCACAAUUGCGAAGAACGCUAAACUCCCACCCCCGCCUCUAUCUCCGCCACACGCCGAGCUGACGCCAUUGGAUGGCAAAAAGACUUACAACAGCGUCAGCCGCAUCGACAAGAUUUCCCGCAUCGUCUUCCCCGUCCUGUUCGCCAUCUUCAAUCUGGUGUACUGGGCGACCUAUGUCAACCGAGAAUCAUCAAUCAAGGGAAUGAUUCCAAAAUGAUUCC